UAUCAUAACACUCAAGUUCAUAUCCGGAAAAAUAAUUUUUAUUUACUUACAUGUAUUUUGUUUUUAAUGUGGCAAAUCCAAUUUCCUGCAGGGAGAUACUUUUCUUUUUUCUUUUUGUUUCUUUGUUGUUGUUGUUUUGUUGUGUGUGUGUGGGUUUUUUUUUUCAAAUAGAGAAGAUAGUAUGAAAGAGGAUGCCUCGUGCAUACUUGGUGAGGAAGUUGAAACAUCUGAUAUAUUUCUGCAUAGCCUUUGUUCUGCUUUAUGGAGUACAUGUGUUGAGGAAAACCAUCAGAGAUCGGCAGUGUUCCGAAGAAGAAUCCAAGUUCCUAAUGGAUGACCUGUGUAAAGACUUCACCAACCAUGUCGCUGCUGGAAAUAUGUGUCCAGCCCUGUGCAACUCCAAAAAGCUACAGUACAACAAGUGUACGAACUAUAGAGGGGGAAAGAAAGUUCUGAUAGCAAACUGUGAUGAAGUAUGUGAAGAAAGAAAAAGUGUAAUGGCUGUAAUUAAAUCCAAACAUCCGAAGGAGAACUUCCACUUUGAGCCCCUAAUACUGGACACACACCCGAAUGGAUCACUAACAAAAACAGGGUAUUCCAUGGCACAUGAUGUGUUUAGCGAUGUACUGAAUUCUCAGAUGUUAGAAGGAUCAGACAAAAAGAAAAUUGAGAAUAUUUUCUCCUUCUUGUGGUCCAUUGAUUUUGAACAGUUUAAAAGAGAAAAUAGGAACCAAAAAUCUCCAGAAGUAAAUGCAAUGCAGAAUAUUUGGGGACUGAUAAAUCAAGAUGAAUACCUUUUCAUGAAAGUGUAUCAAAAACAUUCCUUUGUUCCAAGAAUGUAUGGAACCUGUGGAUUCUAUUAUGUGAUUGAGUACGCUCCCCCAGGUGACACUCUCGAUCCGAAAUUCUUUUUAGGCAGCCAUUCAUCCUUUAAAGAACGUGCUCAGAUAGCUGUAGAUAUUUUAGAUAUUGUGGAAUCGAUGGACUAUGGGUUCUUUGAACCUGUGCAUAUGUGUGAUGUAAAAGCAGAGAAUUUUGGAAUAGGCAAAGACAGUAAAGUGAAAAUUUUAGAUUCCGAUUCCUUUUUUUUUCACACGUCCAUGUUGAAAAAUCUAGCACAGCCAACUUGUACAAGUCACGUUGACUGUGAUUUUUUUGACUGUCGAGGUUGGUGCGAUAUGAAGACGGGACAAUGCACAAAACAAAGAACCAAUAACAAUCUACAGACUGUGUGUGAAGACAUUUUUGUCGACAGAGCUACCAACUUUUAUGCAGGACUCCUCCAUAGUCCGCCAGCAGAGUAUAAGAAUGAGUUGCUGGCCCUUCUUGAGGAGUGUGCAUAUCCAGAAAACUCCAAGGGGACUAUUGUCCGGAAAUCCAGCCCUGACGAGAUGUACUGGAAACUCCACAAUCUUCUGAACAAGGCAAUCCGAGAAAUUUAAAAUUCGGUCAAUUUUGGGAUCAAGAUUUAUAUCUGUGGUAUGAACUUUCAUUGGGAGUCUAGAAUGAGAAGAGUGGGGUGCUUCAUGUGUACAUUGGGUAUAGUUUUGACAGCUUGUUAAAUUUCACCAUGGAGUUUGUUUAGUUGAAAAACAACUUGAUAAAGUUUUAUUUUCAUUAACUUGUAUGUUUAACUUUAUGAUAGAUUUCUAUUUAUUAUUUAUUACAAUUAUAUGUUACAGUUACAGUGUUGAUCAUGAGACACAACUGAAAACUUCCACACAACUGAAAACUUCCACACAACUGAAAACUUCCAGGUUAAAAUUGUCAUAAAUCCACACCUAAUGUGCAUUCCAAAAUGGCUAUCCAUUCCAAUAUUAAACACAUGUUUAUUUUACCACUUGGUUCCAAAAUCAAAGCGCAGUAUGAUAGUAUAUAUAUGUUGAACUAAAAAUCAACAAUGAUAGAUGCCCAAAUUUACGCCAACACAGACUGACAUCUUACGAAUGUACUCUUCCUCCUAGCAGAGCUUUAUCUUACUGGACUGCUUAGGCAGACUGACAUCUUACGAAUGUACUCUUCCUCCUAGCAGAGCUUUAUCUUACUGGAUUGCUUAGGCAAGUUGAACAGACAUUUCUCCCCAGCUUCUUGCCACACCUUAGCAAAGCCAUUUAAGGAGGAAGAACACAGCAGAGAAAUCUGAUAUGGAUGGAAAAUGGAGGAUAUUUAAAAUUGUAUUUGGAAAUUGAAAAGUUUCUUUACCUUGUUUAGUUAAAAAUGCAGUUUUAAUUUGAAAGUGAUUUUAAACAAGAAAUGUUUGUAAAACGUAUAUGCCCCCAAUGGUGCAAAAUUGAAAUUGACCUCGAAAUCAAUGGGGGUCAUCUUCUCCUGAAGAUGUACUAGUGUACCAAUUUUGAUGUCUGUUAAGCAAAGGGUUCUCAAAAUAUCGAGCAGACAGUAUAUUCCCAUGUCCAGUUUGACCAUGUGAGCUCAAAAUCAAUAGGGGUAAUCUUUUCUUGAAGAUGUACCAGUUUACCAAAUUUGAUGUCUGUAAAGCAAAGGGUUCUCUAGACAUUGAGUAGUCAGUAUAUUCCUAUGUACAGUUUGACUUUUGACCAUAAAAUCAAUAGGGGUCAUAUACUCCUUGGGAUGUACUAGUUUACUAAGUUUGAUGUCUGUCAAGCAAAGGGUUCUCAAGAUAUUGAGCGGACAGUGUCUUCCUGUGUCCAGAGUGAAUUGACCCUUGACCUUUGACGUUUUGACCUGUAAAUCGAUAGGGGUCCUCUCCUACUCAUAACCAACUCGCAUGAAAUAUUACGAUCAAGUGAAUGGUUCUCGAGAUAUUGAGCGGACAACAUGUGGUCUACCGACCGACAGGUGCAAAGCAAUAUGCCCCUCUUCUUUGAAGGGAAAAAAUUGAAACCCCUGCUAGACUCGAACGCAUGAACUACCGAUCAGCAGUCGAUAUGCUAACCUACUUAGUUGAUAAUUAUAUUUUCAUUCAAAUUUCAAAAGGAAGUCGGUCAUUGUGAUGAUGUUUUAUUCCUGCUUUUAGACACACAUUGUUAAUUUCCGGUGUUUUCUAGGUUGGGUACAUCUAUUUUCUCUUUUUGGCAGUGAUGCCGUGUACAUGUUAUACAUAAAUUAUAAAUAUACAAAUGUACGUGUAGUAUGGAACUCUUUAUAUGUACAUCAAAUGCACUCUAUUACCAUGCGACUGCACUGUUUAUUUCACAUAUAAAAUAUAUGUACAUGUAAUAUAUAAUGCUUUAAUAGGAUUCCAUCAGAAUUCACCAAAAGUCCUUAUACAUUGAUUUAAACAAAUGUGCUCAAGGACUGUUCGAUAGAUGCCUUUCUAUGACGCUGUAAAACUCAUAUUUUUUAAAGGAUAGAAUCUUAUCUAUUUCAUAAAAGAAAUCUCGUCCGUUACAAUUUCAAAUACUAUCUUUCUUUUAUUUACAGUCUUUUGGAGUGCACAGCAUCAAAUGUGAUACAAAUUCUCAAUUCCACAUUAGAAUUUAGUUAAAAUGAUAGUUUUUAUAAAUGUUUUUAUUUUAGAAAACUUGGUGCAGCUUUGGCCACGCAAAAUUUCGAUCACCCGUGUGCAAUGUAGCAUAAAUGACAUCAAUAUGAAAUUUGUCCAUGUCUGCACUUAAUGUUGUCUAGAAUGAAAACUGCACAUUUUAUCCCAGAAACAGUGGAAAGUUUCAUAUUCAUUUUAACAUAAUUCUGAAUCUGUCAUUUUUAUCAAAUUCAGAAUGCUAAAUGAGCUGCAUUGGGAUUCUUAGUAAUUUUGAAAGCUAUCGAUUUUGGAGGGCAAAUACAGUCCUUAUCAUUUAUAUAAUCCGUGGUAAAUUUCAUUAUCGUUUAUUUGUAGUUGGACACCAAAGAUGUCUUUUAUUGUUGAAGAUAAAUGCACCACAGGUUUCUGUGUAACAAACGUGUAUUUUGUAAAUGUAGGUUGCAAACUGGGGUAUGUGCUUUAUUUUAUAAUCCAAGUAACUGUAUACAAUAAGAAUGUUAUGAUUUAAAUAAACUAGUCAUAUAAUUUC